GGGGCAACGAUGGUCCUUAGCAAGGGAAUAAUCUAUGUUGUACAUUGUUCAUGCGUGAUGGAAAAUGGAAUGACAGACUGACCGCUUGUAUAUACUAAACGCUUACAAGAAUAUUUUAGAUUUUACAGUUUUAUUAAUUAAUCAUGGGAAGCAAAGGAAUAGAAAUGGAUCAAAUUCUAGCCCAGAGACUUCUCGUUGAAGGUGCUACAUUAGUUAUGUUGGAUGUACCUGUUGGCACAGAAUUUGGUAUUGAUUUAAAAUCCUGGAAUACAGUAGAUUGUUUUAAAGGGAUUAAAAUGAUCCCACCAGGAUUUCAUUAUGUCCAUUAUAGCGCUGUAGAUGAAUUUGGAGAAGCAACACCUAAAGUUGGCUUUUUUCAUAUAUUUAAAAAAUCUGAAUUUCUAGUGAAACGUUGGGACGCAAAAGAAGAAGAUUUAAGUUCAGAAACUAUAGAAGAAGAAACGGUUGAAAGGUACAAGAGCAAUUUGAAAGAUUUAGAUAGAUUUCUAGGAUGUUACCCUUAUGAUAUAUGGAAACAAUGGAAGGAAUUAACAAAUCAUAUUACCCCUCCUCUUGUUGAACGUUGUUCACCUAUAUGUGGCUUUGUAAGGUCAGCAUUAGAAUUAGAAUAUUGCACUGAUGCUGCAAGACCAAGAGGUGGAGAAUCAAGUUCGAAAAGAAGAAGGAGGAGUGGAAUUACCAUAGAAGAGAAGGAAGAUGAGCUUCUUCCUGAUAUGAAACCUAAGCCUGGAACAGAACUUCGACUUUCAAAAAUACCUUGUAAGCAAUAUCCAGAUGGAGCAUCACCAACAGAGAUUACAAAGUAUUCUUUGGAUACGAGUUAUGCAUUGGAUACUGUUCUUAAGAAAUUGACACUUCCCAUAGAGAUAAUUGGUGAAAUGGAGUUGGCAUUUGUCUGUUUUCUUGUUGGACAAAGUUUUGAUGCCUUCGAACAUUGGAAGAAACUUGUAUCUCUUAUUUGUGGAGCUGAUUGUGCGAUAUCACAACGUCGCGCAAUUUACAUUGAAUUUAUGAAAGCAUUAGAAGUUCAAUUGAUGCACGUACCCGAAGACAUACUUUGCGACAUUGUAGCCAAUAAUAAUUUUGUUUAUCAUAAUUUACGCAAAUUGUUCGCAAAUAUUGAAAUGAAUUCUGAAUUAGAUGGACGUUUAAAAUCUUAUACAACGAGAUUUAGCGGACGAUUGUCUAUAAAAUUCUUGUGGGAUUUUUCUAAUUUGCAGGAAGAAACUGAAGAUGAAGCGCCGGUCGUUGUUUCGAUAGAGUAGGCUUGUAUAUUUGUAAUUCGUGGAAACAUACAGUUGUAAAAUAUAUAAUAUAAAACGUAUAUUCUUACUUCUUGUACAUAUAGGUAAUGUUUAUAUAUAUAAAUAAGGAUUGAUAAAUACAAAUUUUCCUACAUUUUAAAAUAACAACCAAUUUUAUUGCGAAGUUAUGUACAUCUUACAGAGUAUUAUGUUAAAAUAUAUCAAUUCGCCUCAGGUAUAUUAAGGAAAUAAUGAAUACUUCUUCAAGUAUUUAAUGCACAUUCAGCCU